AUGGGCCCCAGUUCUCCCUUCUGUUCAAAUGCGCGCCAGAAGGAAAACCAAUUUCAUUUCAAAAAAAUUGGGAAAGUGAAUAUUAGUACUCUCUCUCUUGCUCUCUCCCUCCGGAAUCUGUCCAAUACCCAACUCCACCGGAGCUUCUCAAAUACGCCCGGCCCACCACCGAUUGACCACCACCGGAGCUCCCAGAUGCGCCGGGCCACCACCACAGGAGUCCCCCACCGAUUGACCUGCCCACCACCACUGAUGCCGCACCACGACUCGCACCUAUUUUCUCCAACCACCACCGACGCACCGCACCACCACAAUCUCCUCUUUUCUCUCUCCUCCAUCUCACCCACCAUCUCUUCUCUCUCACAGCGAUUAUCAAUGUACCCGAGGCAGAAGACAUACGUGCAAGGAUUGGUUGAUACGGAAGAAAUGUUAAUUAUUCUCGUCUCUUAGCUGUGAAUAUAUUUGUGAUAGGUUUUUUUUUUUGUUUGGUGAGACGUUGAUGAUGGAUGAGUUAGGCAAUGCAACAAAAUUGGUUGUCUUUGUUUGAAUGUUUGGAUAGAGUUGGGAAAUUAGUCUUUGGAUAGUCACAUGUAUUUGUAAAAUUGCUUCUGUAGGUAGUUAGGAAUAUCAGUUAGUGUGGGAUGUAUUUAAAUUCUUUUGUAAUUGAUUUGGUUGAAAUUCUUCUGUGUUUUGUGAAAGAGUUACGAUUGAAUACAAGUAUUAAUAUAUUAU